AUGACGCGUUCCUCUUCAAGAGCUUCUAAACAGCUGCUCUUGUUUAACAAGCCAAUUCUUCCCACCGUUAAGGAACCCAUAUCCACCAAAGAACUACUCAUACGACUUCAAGCUUUAAGUGACGAGUUUUCAACUCUAGACCAAGAGAAUAUCGAUGUGGACUCCCUCAAGCAGUUCCAGUCCGAUUUAAUUAACAAGAAAUUGCUUUGCCAUGCAAACGCUGGAGUCCAGGCUUAUGUCUGUUGUGCUCUAGCAGAUGUUCUCAGAAUUACAGCACCAAACGCUCCGUUUACGGCUUCUCAGCUUUCGGAAUUGUUUAGGGGAUUUUUCCGUCAGUUCAAACGUCUUGCUGAUUCUGAAAAUGCAUACUUUCACCAACAAUGUUACAUCUUGAAACGUUUGGCUGAAGUCAGAUCCAUCAUUCUCAUCACAGACUUGCCCGAUUCCGAGCAAUUGGUAGAAUUGGCCUUCGACACGUUUUACAGUUUGGCCACAAAGGAUUUCCCUACUAAAAUCGAGCCGUUGGCAGGUGACAUUCUCGCCGAAAUCGUGUCUGAAGCUGAAGUCAUCUCUCAGAAAGUGUUGAAAUUGAUAUUGAACAAGUUCCUUACUGCCAAUGACUCGACCAGUAUCUCAGCUAUAACGACGAACACUGCCUACAACUUCUCGAUCCAAAUAUGCGAGUUGAAUUUGGACAGAAUGUCGAGACUUGUAGCUCAAUACUUCUCAGAAUUGUUGUACGAUAGUAGUAAUACACAAACGGCAGAUUUAGGAAAAGAGACAGAGAAGUACUCCAAUGCUCACAGCAACCUCCAUAAGAUCCACAAUCUUUCUGUUCAGAUAUGGAAAAGUAUACCUGAACUUUUGUCUUCUGUUAUGGGACUUAUCGACGACGAAUUGAAUGCAGAUGAUGAAAAGAUCAGAAUUUUGGCUACUGAAACUAUAGGGCAAAUGAUCGGCUCCACUUCUCUAAGUUCGUCUGUUUCUGUGACGAAGGUCAACUUUUUCAUUUUCCAUAGGGAAACAUGGGCCAAUUGGCUUAAAAAGACAACAGACGUAUCGCCUGCUGUCAGAGCCAAGUGGGUAGAACAAGUUCCAGGAAUCAUUGGCUCCUCCAGCUCAUCUACUACAGAAGUGAAUAACGCACUAUGUGGUUGUCUUCACAAAUGCUUGUUAGAUACGGAUGAAAGAGUCAGAGCAGCUGCUUGUAAGAGUAUAGAAUCCGUUCUGUUCGAGAAUUUCACGAAUAGACUUUGUAACAAAAGCAUCUUGCAAACAUUGUCACAUUUGACUAGAGAGAAAAACCCCAAAAUCAGGAAUAGUGCAAUAAGCAUUUUCAGCUCAUUGUACGAUAAUUACGAGCAAACAGUAGUCAAGAACCAAGUAGCUACUGUCUUACAGAGGUUCAUAUCACAAGACAUCCCUAAUCAGCUUUUGUCUCUAAUGUAUAUUAAUGAUCCUGGUAUCAACCAUGUUGUGGAUAUCAGUAUUUAUGACAAGCUAUUACCAAUUUCAGAAAGCAACACUGUGAAGAGAGUAGCAAGAAUUGCAAAGUUCUUUGGCAACUUGGACUCCAAAGGUAAGCAGUCGUUUAUUGCUGUGAACAAAAGACAACAACAAGUCUCCAAAGUAUUGCAAUCAUUUGUGGAAACGGCCGAAGCCUACAGCAAAUUAGGUUCAAAUUUGGAAGAUAAGGAAAAUGCCAGUAUCUCCAAUAAACUUCAAAAGAUAAUAGAAUGGAUUUGUGUUUCGUUUCCUGAUGGUUUGAAUACUUUUGCAUGUCUUGAAAGAUUCUAUAAAAUUAAAAAGACAAGAUUCUUCUACUUGAUGAAAUUGUGUAUUUCGCCAGAAUCUGAUUAUAAUACAGUGAGAAAUUCAUUCAAGGAAUUGUUGUUGAAAUUGAGUGACAACAAAAACAUUCGUUUGGAAGGUGAAAGAAAUAAUAUUUCUACUAAUGAUAUGGUUAGCAACUUCAAGUUGUUGAUGUUGAGGUCAUCGCUUUUGAUCUUCAACAAAUCCAAUAUCCCUGAAUUGAUAAACUAUUCGAGAGAUCCUAAACAUGAAUUGAAUUCUUCGUCCAACGAGAUUUUAGAACAGAUAUCGAACACCGUUCCAGAAGUAUUUAAGUACCACAUUGAUGCCUUGACUGAGUUAAUAACCGAAAACAAAGAAUCAAGCACACCUAGAUCACACAAUCUUAGAACUAUAUAUCAAUUCAUCAAGAAGUUCCCUACUAUGUAUCCAAAGGAUAUUGCAUUCACUGAAGCCUUGAAGAAGAUUUCUACAACCGGAACUCCCCGUGAAGCCAGAUAUUCAACUAAGAUCCUCGGUUUGAGCUCCAAGAAGGAAUUGUACGCAUCUGCUAUCGUAAGUCUGAUUUAUCCUUUAGACACCAGUCACGCAAACUUUGCAACUCAUCUUUCUGCAAUAUCUGAAUUAUUCACAAUAUGCCCAUUCUCCAUCCAGGAGGAGGCAAGUGAGAUUACUUCACUUUUAAUUAAGAAAAUCUUUUUGAAUAAUAGAGAAAUCAACGAAGAAGCCAUAAAAACGGAAGGUGAAUGGAUAGACGAUGAGACCUUGGACUUGAAGUAUAAGUCGCAUGCUACUUUAUACGAGAAGUUGCUUGGGUUAAGAUUAUUGGUGAACAGACUAAAAGGCUUAAUUCAAGAAGAGGCAAAAGAAGAUAUCAGCAGUAAUGCACAACCAGUACUCAAGUUAUUAAUGUCAUUUAUUGGAAAUUCAGGUGAAAUUAUCAACAAGAAUUCUCCAACUUGGCCAACUCCAGAAUUGUACAAGCUGAAACUCCGUCUUGUGGCAGGUCUCAAUUUACUCAAACUUGCAAAAUAUCCACUUUACAGUGAAUUGAUAUUGUCAACCACCUUAAGAAAGCUUAGUUUCUUAUUAACAGACUCCAGUUAUGACGUGAGGUCACAAUUUUUGAAUAGUUUGCAAAGAAAGUUGGCCGAUGAACUUAUUUCUGAAAGAUUUUUGGCUCUUAUAUUCUUCUCAGCUAUGGAACCUUCCAACGAGUUGAAGAAUAACAGUAUUAUGUGGAUUAAGUCUCUUUACAGAAGACAGGAAUCUAAAGAUAGUAUUAAGUUUGAAAAGACAUUAGUUCGUAUAGUACAAAUUCUUGCUCAUCAUGAACAAUUUCUUUCCUUCUUACAUCUGGAAGUGGGCACGGAAGAUGAAAAACAAAUCAAGGCGUACACUUUUGCUAUGAAGUUUCUCACCUUCUAUAUUACUAUGAUUGCAAAAUCAGAAAACAUCUCGCUUCUUUACUAUUUCGCUAGCAGAAUCAAACAACAUCGAGACGCUACAAUCGACUCGGAACUCUACGAGGAAGAUGAAAUGGUAGAAACUGUUCUCAAUUUAUACCGAGUUGCAGAAUUAGCACAAUUAAUAAUCAAGGAAUACUCAGAUCAGAAGAACUGGCCAAUGCAGACAUGGCAGGGAAAGCUUAAAUUGCCAGCUGACAUCUACGCUCCCAUGACAAGUGUCACCGAAGUGCAAAGAGUUAUCACCAAAGUGUUUAUUCCAGAUAAAAUUCAGUUGGACCUCAAGGGUCCAAUUAGAAAAAGAUUAGGAAGUCCACUGUUGUUUCAGGAGGUAUCGCUACAAAGAAGGUUAAAGCAAUAUCUGCCCACAAGCCAAAGAAGAACGGCAGCACCUUCUAGAAAGAGUUCUCGUUCAACGAAGAAGGUGAGUUACGCAGAAGAGAUAUCUGGCUCUGAUCUGAGUUACGAUGAGGAAGACUUCUAG